AUGGCUCUGCUGAUCAACCAGACGCAGUCGCUGGUCAGUAAUAUCUACGAUUACUACCUCUGGACACUGACACUGUCGGACACCAGGACCAAAGGAUGGCUCCUGGUGGACUCUCCACUGCCCACCGUGAUCUACACAGUCAUCUACCUCGCGAUAGUGUGGAGCGGCCCUAAGUUGAUGAAGAAUCGAUCGCCGUUCAAGCUGACGGGUCUGCUGGUGCCCUACAAUCUCUCCAUGGCGGUGCUGAAUGGCUACAUCUGCGUCCAGCUCUUCACGGCGGCGACGCGUCUUCGCUACAGCUACGUUUGCCAGCCCUGCCGAGCCAACCAACAUCCAGACGAAAUGCAGAUUGCCAAGGCGGUUUGGUGGUACUACUUCUCGAAAUUGCUGGAGUUCUGUGACACAUUCUUCUUCAUUCUGCGCAAGAAGGACAAGCAGCUGACGUUCUUGCAUGUGUAUCACCACAGCACGAUGUUCACCCUGUGGUGGAUCGGCGUGAAGUGGGUGCCCAGCGGUUCAACCUUUCUUCCGGCCAUGGUCAACUCCUUCAUACAUGUGCUCAUGUACUCGUACUAUGGACUGUCGGCUCUGGGACCAGCGGUGGUGAAGUAUCUGUGGUGGAAGAAAUAUCUCACGAUCUUGCAAUUGAUUCAAUUCACAACUGCGCUGAUGAUGGGCAUCAAUGGCAUCCGGACAGGCUGUGACUUCCCACUGUGGAUGCACUACGCUCUUGUGAUCUACAUGAUGUCCUUCAUCGUCCUGUUCGGCAAUUUCUACGUGAAGGCGUAUGUGAGGGACGCCAAGAGGCGAACUCCACUCCGAGAGAUCAACGGCAAUGCCCUCAACAAUGGAUACCACGCAAAAAUCCACUAGAAACAGUCGCUGGACGCCUCUGGGGACAAAAAAAAAACCCACAAACCAAUCAAUCAUCGUGUCGAUUGCAUUGAUUAUGUAUUCUCCUCCCCCUUCACAUUUACCAACAUAAACAUAUAUUUUACUCCACAUCGCGAUAGACAAACCUUAAUCUAUACAAUUGUAUAAGGACAUAAUAUCCUCCCUUUUCUCUGCCAUCCUGAGAGUGGAAGAGGUUUCAAUCAUGCUAAACAAAAAAACUAACUAAGAGUGUGAGAAUAGCUUCUAAGGACGUAUGGAAAUCAUAGGAAUAAAUUCAUACA